UAUUUGCAAGAGACGGAGAAGAGAGGGAGGGAGGAAGGAGGAGAGAGAGGAAGAAAGGGCAGCGGACCCGCAAUUUCAACCGUGUACUCUUGGCGCCAAUCCGGCGUAAAGAAAAAUAAAACGACAUACUUUUCGAUGUUGAUGUGUCCAUUUAAUCUCCGCCUAGUCAUUCAGCGAUCAUUUCCCCCCCAUCGGCGCUCGCUAGCCCGCUAGCCUCCUUAGCACACUUAUCAUUGUUAUAAUCUCCACUUCGGUACUAAUCAUUCAGCGAGCAGCCACAGUAAGCAAAAUAGCUCUCGGUGCUGCCAGGUGUGCGUUCUUCUUCACGGUGGUCGGAGAGGAGAAACACUUCGUGAUGGGGAGGAAAUCGAACAGAGCGAAGGAGAAGAAGGAGAAGCGCAAGGAGGAAAGGGCGGCGAUGGACGCCGUCUGCGCAAAGGUGGAUGCAGCCAAUAAGCUGGAUGAUCCACUGGCGGCCUUCCCUGUCUUCAAAAAGUACGACCGAAAUGGGUUGAACCUGCAGAUAGAGUGCAAGCGCGUGUCCACUCUCAACCCUCUGUCUGUGGAGUGGGCGUACGAACUCACCAGAGCCAACAUGCAGACGCUGUACGAGCAGAGCGAGUGGGGCUGGAAGGAGCGGGAGAAGAGGGAUGAGAUGAAGGACGAGCGGGCGUGGUACCUGCUGGCCCGCGACUCUGACUCCGCCCCCGUCGCCUUCUCCCACUUCCGCUUCGACGUGGAGUGCGGGGAGGAGGUGCUCUACUGUUACGAGGUGCAGUUGGAGAGCAGAGUGCGGAGAAAAGGACUGGGCAAGUUCCUCAUCCAGAUCCUCCAGCUCAUCGCUAACAGCACACAGAUGAAGAAGGUGAUGUUGACGGUAUUCAAACACAACCACGGAGCCUACCAGUUCUUCAGAGAAGCUUUACAGUUUGAGAUUGACGACACCUCGCCCAGCAUGUCUGGUUGCUGUGGCGACGACUGCUCCUACGAGAUCCUGAGCCGGCGGACCAAGCACGGCGAGGCGGUGACCGGACACACCCACGGGGGCGGGCACUGCGGAGGCUGCUGCCACUGAUUGGCUGGCCGCCGUGACGACAACCUCCCCCUGCCGCCCUAUUGGCCGAUCGAUUUAACGACAGAAAACAAGAUUAAGAGAGAGAGAAAAAAAAAAAAACGACAAAAUGAAAAAGAACAAACCAGCAACUUUGACAGCUGUGUGUGAAAGCUCACUCUGCCCACUGUCAAGCAGCCAUUUUGAAUCCCCCCCCCCCCCCCCCCCUCCUCUCAGAACAAUUGAAAGGAUUUCAAAAAUGUUAAUGAAUUUGCAGCCAAAAUGGUGGAACACACCACACCUGGCUACAGAUGAAUGGUGUUGCAUUAUGGAUCCAGUAGUUCUGUGUUGAUAGGUUUAUUUUAAUUUUGUGUGUGUGUGUGCACGAGUGUGUACGUCCCUGCUAGUCGUUGGUAGUCAGCGUGAGCUUUCAGACACGGCACUCUGUUUACCACCCUUCCAUGAACUCUGCCAUUCCCCUCGUCACCCCCACUCGUCUGGCUGUUUAUAGCCCCCCCCACCUCCCUCUGUUCUUACGGAGGCAGAUCGACAGGGAGCCUUUCCCAUAGCCCGACUCAGUCUCACCCUCCACCUCAUAUUCUGUCCCCUCCAUGAAUCAACUGACAAACCUCUGCUCCUCUCUCUCGGUAUCCUGCACUGUAUCCAAGCGCUCUUCAUGGGGAGAGCAAACCCCCCCCCCCCCCCCCCCGAUAACCCCCACCACCCCCCACCGACGGGAGUCUUACCAUUUCAUUUGUGUACAUUUCAUUGUGAGCUUCACCGUGCGACAUUACUGUCUUCUGUUUCCACCCCCCUCCCUCCUUCACUGUCGCUGAGCUGCUCCCUGUGGGCUCAAGUCAAGCGUCUUUUUUUUUUUCUUCGUGAUCAUGUUUCAAAGUCCCUCCGCCUUGUUGUUUUCUGUAGUCAUGAGAAGGCAUCACGUUUGCCCCAGCCACACAGUCCCCGUUCACCGUCUCCGCGGCGUCUCCUCUCGAUUCGUACAGCCCCCCGUUACCCGGAUCCCCUCCCGCGUCCCGUUUCCGAUACCAAGUUUUCUUCCCGUCUUUGUAAACCCACCCAGCGUGCACCCCACUCCCACCCUGGUUAUCGUCCCCCAUAAGUGAAUCAUAUUGAUUUUAGCCCCGGAAGUUUACGUCACCGUCGUACUGCCUUGGCGUCUUGGUUUUCAGUGUUUAGUUUUUUUUUUAUGACUGGAUGGAGGGAUCUCUGAUUAGGCGAUGGAUGGAUGUUAUUUUCAGAACAUUUAGGCCCUUUUUCUCCUGGUCGCUUCUCUCUCUCACCCUCUCUCUCUCUCUCUCUCUCACUCUCUAUUUCCGUUUGGUUAGGUCCCACCUGACAUGCUUAUCAAAUAGAGCUUGCAUGACAAAGUUUGAAAAUGAUGUUUAUGAUAAUCCUAAAUAAUGAUAAUAAAAAUCGUCUUCACCAGGGUUUUAGCCUGAGCGGUUAUGGUCAAGGUGUCUUCAGGUGUAUCCGAUAGUUUGACAUUUCUCACCCUGUCUCCUUCAUCUUUUUUAGUGCACAUUUUCUAAGUGAAUCCAUGUUCAUUAAAGUAUCUUGGAGGAUAUAACCAUUUGAUUUCCUUUUUUUUUCAUUCAUUUUCAGUUGUCGGAUUCGAAAUCUUCUGCCGCUCAUAUAAAAACCCAAACGGAUAAUCCAAGGUGAACUGAUGUUUAGGUCAGUCUGUCGGUUUUGUUUGUCCAACCCGCAUUUUAAGAAAAAACGUGGGAUUAUGUUAGAAUCCCCUUUCUUUGCUCUCCCUUGACUUAUCCCCCUAGAAGGGUGGUUCUCCUUGUUUAAGUUCGCCAGGGGGGCAGACAGUCAGUGGAAAAGACUCGUUUUUUAAGUCUGUAGUAAACUGAACCCCACUGGCUAAUGCUGUAAAGUAGAAUUAUUUUUGUAAGGAACUGUCAUCCCGGACACGUGGCUCAUUGAUUGAGUUUUUCUUUUAGAGUAAAUGCAUUUUUUAGUUUUCCCAAAUAAACCAAGUGGAUAAUGUAGUUCCGAGGUUCAGUUCAAUGUUACAUGGACAGCAACACGAGAGGUCAUUUCAUGGAGUUGGAAGUAGAUUUUUUUACAGUUUCUUGGAAAGAGCAAAAGUAACCACAAAAACAUUUUGCUCUAGGCUUAUUCCUGAUUACUAUCUUCCUUUCCACUUACGCCACCUGAAUAAUUACAAAAUAUUUGGUAUGGGCAUGUAUAUAGCAACAGCUUAUUUACUGGCGUAGUCUCAAUCUGUUUCUCUCACACUCAGGUUAUUCAAACUGUAAAAGCCUCCAUAUGAUGUUCCAGCCAUGUUUGUCAGUUAGAGAAAGAGGCAUCCGAUUUUGAUUCUGGAGUCAAAUCAUUUGGGAUGGCCUGGCUGGGUUACAUAAACUUUUUCCCUUUUAGUAAAGAUCAUUUCUUCUUCGUGUAUGUCUCUCCGUGUGUCUGGGGUCUGUUAUAUCGCUUGAUAACUGACUUCAGGUGGCAUUGUCAGUCAGUGCAAACUAAUUUUGCAUACCCAUGUAUAUUGUGAUACCAUUACAUUCAUACCUUUGGGACUAAUGAGUGUUUUCCCUGCCCCAUAUCUUCGGUAUGUGCACAGCAAGGGGCGGCCAUAAAUCAGUGAUGGUACUGGAGUGAGCUUCAUACGCUAAGCUCUUAUUGUGGGGAAAGGCUUAUGCACAGGUAGAAAGUAGCUCAACAACACGUGUCAAUGAAAAACAAUAUUAGGAACCAACUCUUUUUUCUCAUUUAAUUUUUUUUUACUCAUCAAUGGAAAUUGACUUUCUUUUUUUUUAACUGCCCUCUUUUUAUGGAAGAAAAGAAAUAACGGUUGUACGUUCUCCAUGAUCGUGCCGAAUUAUUUUUAAUUUCCAACCCUCUCUCACCGCCACCUCAACCUUUCCUACCCAGUUCUCUUGUCUCUUUCUGUGUGUGUCUGUGUGUAUAUAAGCUGUUCCAGGUCCAUUUUUAAGUUUGAUUUGGCCUUUUACAGGUGAACACUAGUUUUUUCUAAAAUUACAUUUAAAAAGAAAACUUCAUUGUUUGAAAAAAGUGUUCACGUCUUGUGGUUAUCCGACAAUGAAAGGGAAAAUAUGUCAUUUUGGCCUUGUCAGUGUUUAUUUGUAUGUUACAAAUAAAGGAAAGUUGUUUGACUUCUA